AUGAAGCAAAUCAUUGCUCUAGAAAACUCUGUACAGUUCAAUAGCGACCAAUGCGACAACGUCCAAAAGAAAACUGAAUUAAUAGCCGUUAAUAAAAAAGCUAUUGAAUCACUCGAAUCAAAAUUGGAUUUAUUGACUAAUGAUAACAGACAAUUCCAAUUGGAAAUUAACACAAAUAAUCAAAGAGACCGUCUGUUGAACUUAGAGAUUGUCGGAGUCCCUGAAAUCAAGGAUGAAGAUUUAAGCAAAAUAAUUAUAUCCGUUGCUAAGCACUCAAAUGUAAAUAUUUUCACUGAUGAUAUCAUGGAAGUCAACCGUGUCGCACCGAAAGUCAAACAAGGCCGUCCAACAAACGGUUUCAAAAUUAAAAUCCCGUCUCCUGAAGGACAACAUAAUCUCGGGUAUUCGAAAAAAUCGACUUAA